AUGCGAAUGUUUUUCGCGAUCCGCGGAAUGGUUCGCGUGGACACGCGUCGGUUAUCGUUCUGGCAUUGGCUCGAGCUCUGCCUCUCCCUGCUCGACAGAGACGAACAUAUACAGCGAGGAAUUUUAAUAAGCGGUCCGGUGCGAGCGAGACGAACCUACUACACGCGGGAGUACCAGCCUGGGCGGGGCUGGGCGCGCUUAAAUUAA